AUACCAUAAAUCCAGUCUCACUCAAGUAUUCCUCCAACCAAGCCUGGGUUCGUCUCAUUCCGCAAAUUUCGCUCGUAUCGCGAGGUUGAGUUUACUUACCUGAGAGAGUCAACCUAAAAAACAAGAACACACAUUUACUCACUCACAACUUUCCCUGCCCUCGUUAACAAACUACUUGGAAAGCAUAUAAAUACAUAAAAUAAAGGCGAAACGAAAACUAAUGUUCAUUCAUACUUUGACGUUUGCACAAUCAAGACAGCAGCUCCGGAAAAUAGUAAACUAACGAGAAGAAAUAUAUAACAUAUCAGAUUCGAAAGUGCUUGUGAUACUUGAGACACGCAAUGCAACACUGAAAGACGGAAUUGCAGCAACGUGUAUACACAAAAAGGAGUGAAAGCAUACCAGAAAUUCUAUAGUUUGGACUCGUUUCUUCAGACAAAGUGGGUUUGAAUUACAUACUUUUGUGAGAAAUCUAUAGUGUUGCGAACUUAUUGUGGAGAUAUUAUUCUUCUAUUUUGUGGCUGUAUUUACACACUUCCUUGAAUUAAUUCAAGUGGGACAUCCAUCCAAUCCAGUACCUCGCUAUUCACUCAUAAUGAAAUCUCUGCUGACGUUGGCCGUGGUUGGGACCCUGAUGGGUCUGUGUCACGGGUGGGGUGGUCUAUUCAACAGAUUCAGUCCUGAACUCCUCUCAAAUCUUGGAGGCUACAGUGGAUUCGGAAACUACAAACUUCAACCUCUCAUUACCAAAAUAGAAAAGGGUGAGCUGGAGGAGGUGAUGAACGAGGGAGAGGCUUCCACCCCCCAAGUGUGCUAUGGAAAACAAUGCACUGCAAACGAACACUGUUGUCCAGGUCACGCCUGCGUUGAUGUUGAUGGAGUUUUGGGCACCUGCUUACCAACUUUCGGAGCCAAGCAGGGAGAAAUGUGCGAACGGGAUGGCGACUGUGAAUCCGGAUUAAUUUGUGCUGGCUCUGAUAUCAAAACCUGUGUCCCUGUCGUGGAAUCCAAGAAACAAUAUGGCGAGGAUUGCAUCAUGUCGAGCGACUGCGAUAUCACAAAGGGACUUUGCUGCCAGGUUCAAAGACGUCAUCGCCAAGCUCCAAGAAAAGCCUGCAGCUACUUCAAAGACCCCUUGAUUUGCGUGGGCCCAGUUGCCAUCGACCAAAUUCGUGAACGGGUGGAACACACUGCUGGCGAAAAGCGGAUCACCGCCAAGGCCAACGCCUUUCACCAUCUCCGCUAAUCCGUGUGGUGGGUGAAAGCUGCCACCGACCAACCAACGACGACAUUCUCAACCAUCCAAGUAAAUCCUGCGGUCGUGAUGGUCGUGGUCGUGGCAGUGGUGCGUGAUGAAUGGAAACUACUCUUAAUUGUAUUCGAAUGGAUGGAGGCAUGCAUGAAUUUUACUAGAAACAAGCUAGGAACAUUUUAAAAAGUCUAUUAAUGCCCCUUAAAUAAGUAACAUAUCAUAUCACGGUGCAUACCAUAUCUUAUCAUAUCAGAUAAGUACAUAUCUAUAAAUAUUCGAUAACACAUCACAUGUAUUUAUGAUCUCAACACUGUUUUCACUCCGAAUAAUAAUAUUUAAUACGUAUUUUUUUGGUUGGCUUAACUAACACGGAAUUUGUUGUCACUUUCACUUUGUACACAAUUUCCUGAUUACCACGUACUUAUUGCGUAUGUAACUGGUAUUCGAUGCACGAUCCGUAUACCCAAGAAAAAAUCUAGAGAUCUUCCUCACCAUGUAUUUAUCUAUUAGAUAAAAAAAUUAUUACGAGUUACAAUUUUACAUGACUGAUUGUUGUCUAAAUAUAAUUUUCAGGUUUUUAUUAACCACAAUAUAUUCUGAAUCUUUAGCCAAGAUACAUGCACAAUGCAAUCUAUAUGAAACGGCACAUAUCAAUCAAAUUCAUCCAAAAAUUUUGUCCUGUCUUUUAAAUACCAUAUCACAACAAUUAUAUAAAUACAUAAUCUUGGUUCUCAUCAUCAAUGUCAGUGUGUAUAAAAAAGAAUAGCAAAUAUUGUUCGUUCUUAAAUGUAUGUACAUCAUAUUUUUAGUUAAAUUUUUAAAUAACUGAAAUCAAGUAAAGUAAGUGACAAAAAGGAUCUGGUGAUAAUAAGUAAGGAGAUGAAUGAAUCAGUAUAUUACGUAAUUAGUUAAGCUUUUCUUCUUCUCUUUAUAACUAACCCAUUUCAAGUAAAUAACCAACUUUAUGACUAAUAAAUUAUGUUUCAAGUGCAGUUUUACUCGGAAUAUGAAAAGAGCAAGAGAACAAAACGGACAAACGAAUGUUGUUACUUGGAGAAGUUUUUGUAGAAUAAAAAAUCGCAAAGAUUUCAUAUUUCUGUUAGAAAAAGCUUCGUGCAUUUAAAUAAAAAAUCAAUUAUGGCUGCAACGCUGAAAAGAAAUCUUUGCGGAAAAUGUGCAUGCAAAUUUAAGAUAAAUUGGUACCGGAAAGCGGAAAGGGCUGGACCGAUAAUGGCCAAAUUCGGAGUGAAACUGCCAAAUUAUGAAUCUCGUGCUAAAUUAAAUACGCUUCUGAGGGUUCGUUUUUUAUCGUAACCACGAUUAAUUUGCAAUUGAUUCCCUAAGCUCUGCACGCAAUCAACAUAUCAGGAAAUAUUUAGGAACAACAUAUCUUAGAGCAUGUUAGGGGUGUGUGCAUGUUAAAAAAAUAGAAUAUUAUACAUACUUAUUUACAUAAAUAUAUGUAUGAUCCCCUGUUGUGGAACAACAGUAAAAUCAUUACCUCAAAAAAUCCACACAAUUAAAUCAAACGGGAUGGUGCUGUUGUGAAUGAAAUCUAAUUCUGUACCUUAUUGAAUCGCGCUUCUUUGCAUAAGUACUUAUGACAGCAAAUUCUUUAGUUUCUCAAAAUUUAAGAAAAAAAACUUGAAUAAAAAACAUUAGAUGAAACUUUAUGUUUUUGUUCGGAAUGGGUGUCCAUCUUCUUGUACAUAUGAUGCAAAACAGUAAUUACAGAUUAGAUGUAUUACAUAUACCUACAUACAUACAUACAUAAAUAUAUUGUUAUAGAUCAAGUAAAAAUUUUAGCGUAAGAAAAUUUAUGGAUAGCGAUACAAAAUACUACAACUGACAUAUUUACACUGUGUAAUGAUAAAAGUACUCGUAUUCUACUAAAAAAAAUAAAAUUUUAAUGUUUCUCUGCGUAUUCUGUUACGGAUUUGGUUGAAUAAAAUUAUAAAAUCCAAUUUGUGCAUUUAUUCAA